GUACCACGUCGGAAAUGGAUUCACUGGUUGAGAUACCACGCGGCGAUUGGAUAAAGCUGCGAGAUCUAUAUGCCGACCGAGAUACGGAUCCACAUGGUUACAUGUGCAUUAAUAACUAUAUAAAUUGGGUGCAGAAAGAACCAGAACUGCCAGUCAGAGUAUUAUCGCUAAAUGGGGAGUGGAAACAAGAGGGAACAUUCCUAAUAGCCGUCGAUAUGGGACUUAAUCUUCAGCAUCUCUACUUCAAUACAUUGAGCGAUGAUCUGAGCCCAGUGACGAAGGCAAUUGAAUGCUUGAAGUCCUCAAAUGAUGAGUACCUGUUCUUUGGCUUUAGUUCUCGCUUUGAGCCUUUGGUCAGGAAUUUUGGGAAGACAUGUCUCCCCAAAGAACUCGGUAUUGUGGACGCCGUUUGGUAUUUUGCCAGCAAGGAACUUGUAUCCACAUUCACCAUCGAAGUCCCAAAUGGCAUCAGACUGAACAAUUUGAGUGUUAAAGAUGCCGAAACGGUCAACGAAAUCUGGCCACAUCGUGCUCAUGAUUCCGUGAAAUUUGUCCGACGGCUGAUUCGAUAUAAUGAAAAUGUUGGCGCCUAUGAUGAGACUGGAAAAUUGGUGGCCUGGUGCCUGAGAUUGCCAAUUGGUGCCUUGGGUCUGCUCCAAGUUCUAGAAUCGCAUAAGCGCCUGGGCCUGGGCAGCCUCAUGGUUCGCGCUCUGUCGAAAAAGAUCAAUGAUUUGGGCGAAUCAGUCGUAGCUCCGGUGGUAACACAAAAUUCAGCCUCCCGCGGAAUGUUUGAGAAAAUCGGUUUCCAACCGAUUGAUAAAGUCUAUUGGGCCGAAUAAACAGAUCAAUAGAUAAGGAAAAUAAAAGACCCUAAUCAAACAUCUCUUAUCUCAAACUUGAAUUAUCAAUUAUAAUAUAAUCUAAUAGCUAAUAAAUGCGAAGUCCGCCUA